UCUAGUUCCGAUCAUUUUCUACCAGUGCAGUGUGAUUACAGAACGCAGUAACAGCAGCAGAUGAACACACCUCCUCUCCGAUGGAUAAGCUCGUGUUCCUUUUGGUCCUUCUAUCUCAAGCAGCUUCUGAUGUGGUACGAGUGAAACCUGGAGAUGACGUCAUUCUGCCAUGUCAGGCUGGUGAAGCCUCCAUCAGAGCUGUAGAAUGGAGCAGACCUGACCUGCAGCCAGAGUACGUCUUCCUUUACAAAAGUCGACUCUCAGAUCCAACCUACCAGCACCCAUCAUUUAAAGGCCGGGUGCAGCUGGUGGACAGAGAGCUGAAGGACGGAGACGUGUCUUUAAUUCUGAAGAACGUGAGCAGCAACGACGCUGGAACAUAUGAGUGCCGAGUUGCAGCAAGUGAGUCAAGUGAGAAAGCUGUCAUUGAGACUGAGCCAAUCAGAAUCUACCAGCUGGAGGUUUCAGGUGAGUUUGUGGAGGUCAGUGUGUCUGUGUGCCAUGUUGUAGCUGCAGUUUAUUCCAUGUUGAUUCUGAGAGUCAAACAUGAGGAAUAUAGAAGAUAUAGAAGAGUAAAUGGAGGCUGUUCCACUGUUCACUCAUUUCCUGACUAAUAUGCACUUUGAUCUUCAGGGUCCAACAGCGGAGACGUCAUGGAGGGAAACUACAGACAUUACUAUGGACUGGGAGCAGCUUUUGUUCUGCUUUGUUUAGUUGCUGUCGGAUUGGUUGUCCAGAAAUAUAAAAGACAAGAAACCAGAACAGCCUGCUGAUGAUGAAGCUGUGAACGAUCCGUUCUUCUGACUUGUCACAGAUCCCUUUCCACCACAUUUCAUAUGUUCAACUUGAUUUUGAUUCUUUCUGUGGGUGUGAAUGUGUUAAUCUGGCAUUUGAGGGUUUUCCACCAUGAUGGUCUGGCUCAUCAGUGCAAACAAAUAUUUUUUCUGUUCAUAGAUUGCUACCUUUCUUACCAGAAAAGAGCCAAAACUCUGACAAUGAAACAAAACUGCCUGACAGUAAAUAAAAAGAGCUAUGGACACUGCAGCAGGUGCAACACACUUCAUUAAGCUCCAUUUAAUAAGCUGCUACUUAAACAGCAGAAUAAAGCAUUAAUAAGGCAGCACAGAGAUCUAGAGACAAUAUAAACUCCACAGCAGCUGCAGGAUGUAUAAAACAUAAUUAGGUACAUGUAAAAUUAUAGAUUUUUAAAAUAGUAAUCAAAGAGCAGACUGUAAAACGACUUUGACACAGUAAAGAGAGUAAAUGUCAUUGGUGGCUUCCAGCCCCGACCUCAGCACUGAUGUAUCACAGGGACCUUCAUGAACAGACGACUCUAGAAAAUUGAAAACAAAACUAGGCCAGGACCUCAUCUGACAUUAAGAAUAGACCUGUGGUCAAAGCACCCGAUGCAACUCAGAGCCACAGUCUCAAAUCUGCGGAGAAUCUACAGACGGGAUCAUCACUAAAUAGGACAGCUGGUUUGUUUCUACUGUUGUACACUUAGGAAAAUAUUUAAAACUUCAUAAGCAUUUCAACCUUAAUGCAAAGCAUGCUGGGAAAUGAGUAAUGAAGUAAAUGAUUAAUUGGAAAUUUAGUCAUUGGAAUUCAUUACAACACACCAUAUAAACUUGAAACUGAAAAACAUCAAAUUACUGAGUUAAUAAAAGAAAUAUUGACUAAAAAUAACUUAUCCUUUCCUCUGGUUUCUCUAUAAUAGGGCUGUCCUCGAUGAAGGAUUUAUAUAGUUGAAUCAGAAUUGUCGAGUCUUGCCUAUAGUUGUCUGAUGGUCGAGUCAUGUGUAUGUUUUUGCACAGACAUUGCGUGCGGGGGUGGGGGGUUAACACAAGGAAGCUCUGCUUUCAUCCGGAGAAGCUGCAGAGCUGCAGUCUCUAUUCACGAGUCUCUGCUGUAACUUACACUGUACAUUUCCAGCUAAACUGAGACUUAUUGUUUUCCCGUUUUCCUCUGCUCGCCAUUCACCGGUCUUGUGCAGAGUUUUGCAUGGAUGCCCUGCAGCCGACAGCUGCGUGUACGUCGCGGCUCCUCGCUUCAUCUAUUUCAAUUCAUCCUAUUUAAAAACUAUAUAAUAUUCUUUGUGUGGUUCAUCAAUGGUGAUGAAUGAUUCGAAUGUCCUGCCAGGUGCGGGCAAUUCGGCACAACACCGGUGAAGUUUAGGCUCUGUCUCUACAGCAAGUUCCUCUUCUGCCACUACACACUCUCACACCCAUAGACACUACCUCCACACAUGCGCACUGACCCCCGAUUUUUAAGGGUUCUGGUUCCAAUUUAGGAUUUAUUCACACACUAAACAUUUAUUUAAACCCUUUUAUCUUUUGAAAUGUUUAUUUACAGCAUUAUAUGUUGAAAUUUAUAUUGCAAUAGGCUGUAUAUCAACUUAGGUUGUCUAAAUAUUUAACUUUUAAAGCUGUUGAAGUUGCUUUUCUAUUUUUAUAUUGUAUAUAAAUGUAUAUUGAAAACUGGCAGGUUCUGUUUUGUGUGAGUUGAUGGUUUCUUGUAACUCCAUUGCAUUAUGUAAAAUUUCAUGAAGACCUUUUUGUGUUCUAACUGUGACUUUCUGUUUCUGUCAAUCUAAAAGUAAUAAUAAACUGUAUGUGAACCUGAA